UGUUAGUUGGUUUCUAUGGUUACAUUGUUUACCCUAAGGUACAUGAAAAGUUGUUGAUCUGCAGAUCAUUUUCAUCUGGCUUCCUAUUGGCUAAGAAUACAGAGAGCAUUGUGAUGUCAUAAAGAGGAGAAUACAGAGUGCAUUGUGAUGUCAUAAAGAGGAGAGUUGUUUACUGAUGUUACUCGCUUACUUGCUUUGUCAUAAGACCUACGAGCGCUGGUGGUGAAACAUCAGAGACUCAGUCUUAUCGAUUUUUGAAUUUUUUCUUACUUUUUAUCGUUAUUUCAAAACUAUCAUUAUGUCAAAAGAAGAGAAAGAUACUAAGAUAACAAUUAAUGAAACAGAAGAAGAAAAUGACUAUUCUGGCGAGAGGAAGGCCGGCCGGGUCCUGCCUAUAUUCAUCAUUGGACUCCUUGCUACCUGCUAUUAUAUAUUUGUGGUGGAGCUGUGCAUAUUCACUGUACAGUUAUUAGAGGCAAAGGUGACUUUCCUGGUGAUUUUCCACCUUUUGUUCCUCCUGUGCGUGUGGUGUUAUCUCCGGACUGUUAUGACGCCUCCCGCUGUCCCUCCUGAAAAAUUCCGCCCAUCGGAGUCUGACAAGCAGCUGUACCUGAGUGAUGAGAGGCCACAAGUGCUGCAGGAGAUCCUCAUUCGUGCGGCUAAAGACUUGCCUAUUUAUACUAAGGAUCCAAAAGGAGAUGUUCGGUACUGUGCCACAUGCCAAAUGUUAAAGCCAGACAGAUGCCACCAUUGCCCAGUGUGUAACGUCUGUAUACUGAAACUGGAUCAUCACUGCGUAUUUCUAAACAACUGUGUGGGAUUCUCCAACUACAAGUUCUUCCUCCUGUGCCUGACGUAUGCAAUGCUAUUGUGCAUAUUCACUAGCGCAGUGUCGCUUCAUUUCUCCAUACUAUUCUGGACUCAUCAGCUGCCCAACAGCCCAUCCAAAGUCCCCAUCAUUGUGCUGUUCUGCCUGACCACAAUCUUCUCUAUAAUCCUAUUUCUAUUUUGCCUUGGUCAGUCUGAACUGGCUUUAACAAAUGUAACUUCUAGAGAGGAAAAUGAUAACAUAGCUGAUGACACAACUGAGGAGAAUAAUCCCUAUAACUUGGGCUUCAGCAAGAAUCUGAGAGAAGUGUUUGGCAAUGAAAAGAAAUACUGGUUCCUCCCAAUCUUCAGCAGCUUAGGAGAUGGCUUCUCAUUCCCAAUGGGUGAGGCCACAGAAGACAUAGAGAAAAAUGCUGCUUUUGCCAAACCCCCAAAUGAGGGAAUAUAGGGUUAUGGAAGAUAACUUAUAAUACAAGUUGACCAGGGACUGGUGCGAUUGCCAAUUUGGAGUCAGGAAGGAAUUCCCCCUCCC